UUAGUCUGAGAGAGCACUUGGCUCAGCAAGAGGCUGAACAGCACACGAUUGGCCAAGGCGCACUCUCUACAUCUCUAACUCUCUCUCCUUUUGUCUCUCUGCCUCUCUUUCUCUCUCUGUUUGUUUUUGUCCUGCACUCUGACCAGCCCCUGGUCUCUCUUUGCAGCAGAGUUCAGAUUUGCACUACAAUGUCCGCGGUGGCUUCUCUGCAGUAAGCACUCAAAGGUUAUGCUGCCCAAAAGCUGUCUGAGUCCCAGUGAGAAAGAGAAGGGCUAAAGCCACAUAUUUCUUCAGCAGCUUUCCAGAGGCUCUCCAGCAGCGAAUCCACUGCUGAGCCAUGAGCAACCCCAGCGCUCCCAACCAGAUCACCAGUGCCGUGGCAUCCGUUAUCCACAGUCCAGAGGUUCCUGCUGCCUCAUCAUUAAGGGGGACUACACGCCCAGAAGAUGAGGAUGAUGGGGACCUGAACAAAGCCCUGGGCGUCCAGCGCUUCCAGCAGAUCUUGAGCCCUGGUGCUGCUGUCCCUGAUGAGCAGCACCGCAACUACCAUGAAGAGGACAUUGAAUAUCACCGACAUUCAUCUCAUCACAUCCACCGGCCCCUGUCCAAGCUGCCCCCUGAGGGACGCAGGAAGAAAAGUAGCAAGAAAAGGAAAAAGGACAAAGAUCACAAAGGCAGCUCAGGUGCUAUCAGUGGCCCCAUAGAGGAGGGAGAGGAUGAGGAGGAUGAAGAGGAUGAGGGAGCGGAGACAGCUGCUACUCCCUCGGAGUCUGAUGGAGCCAAAGAUGUGCAGUUCUUUGUUUCGGAUGAGGACAAUGUGCCCAAAUCUGGCAAUGAGAGCCCCCACCCGGCCCGAGAGCUGGACAUCGUACCGCAGUCUGGUGAGGGUGCAGACGCCGAUGAAGCAACCUCCACAGAAAAGCCGGGCUCAUCUGACACUUCAAGUCCUGCUCUCCAGUCAGUGCCACCUGAACACACACCGCUGGCCCGGGUCGCCUCCGCAAGCCGCAGCUACGACCUGCAAGAGCGCCGGCGCACAGGCAACAUGACGGGUGCCGAACAGGCCAAGUACCAGCGUAUCCCUACAGACGAGAGUGAGGCUCAGACACUUGCCUCUGCUGACCUGGACGGCAUCAAGAGCCAUCGUUUUGAGGAUGUUCCUGGGGUACGCAGACACCUGGUCAGAAAGAGCACCAAGGGACAAGUGGUGCACAUCGGCAAGGACCACAAGGAGCCCAGCACUCGCCCCCGUAAACAGGACCGCACCCCUCAUGAGGUCUUCGUGGAGCUGAAUGAACUGACCAUGGACAAGAACCAGGAGAUGCAGUGGAAGGAAACGGCUCGUUGGAUCAAGUUUGAGGAGGAUGUGGAAGAGGAGACUGACCGCUGGGGGAAACCUCACGUGGCCUCGCUCUCCUUUCGCAGUUUGCUGGAGCUCCGCAAGACCAUCUCACACGGGGCUGUGCUGCUGGACCUGGACCAGAAGACCUUGCCUGGCAUUGCCCACCAAGUGGUGGAACAGAUGAUCAUCUCAGACCAGAUCAAGGCUGAAGACCGUGCCAACGUCCUGAGGGCCCUGCUGCUUAAACACAGGUGGCUUCACGCCUUGUCACUCCCUCUCUUCCUCCUGCUCACCCUGUCUGUACCUCUCGCUACCUCCCCUAGUCACCCGAGCGAUGAGAAGGAGCACACAAGCACUUUCCCCAGGAACAUCUCCGCAGCCAGCCUGGGCAGCCUGAUGGCCCACCACCACAGUGCCAACCACAUCCAUCAGCCCGAGCCAUCCGUCACUGAGCCUCUGAUGGGCUCCGUGAACGAAAAGGGCAGCACAGACACGCGCAUCGACAUGGAGAAGAAUGAAGUACAGGUGCAGCAAAAAGAGCCCGCCGUGACCCCUGGCAUGCAUCGUUCCAAGUCCAAACAUGAGCUGAAGCUGCUGGAAAAGAUUCCCGAGAACGCUGAGGCCACAGUUGUCCUUGUGGGCAGUGUGGACUUCCUGGAGCAGCCAACCAUGGCCUUUGUGCGGCUGCAGGAAGCGGUGGAGCUGGACUCUGUCCUGGAGGUGCCGGUGCCUGUCAGGUUCCUCUUUGUCCUGCUGGGACCCCCCAGCACCAGCAUGGACUAUCACCAGAUAGGACGCUCCAUCUCCACACUCAUGUCUGACAAGCAUUUCCAUGAGGCAGCCUACCUGGCAGAUGACAGACAGGACCUGCUCAACGCCAUCAACAGCUUCCUGGAUUGCAGCAUCGUGCUGCCCCCCUCUGAGAUGGGCGGGGACGAGCUGCUGCGCUCUGUCGCUCGCUUCCAGAGGGAGAUGCUCCGUAAGAGGGAGGAGCAGGGGGUCAAACUAAAGGCCAAGGAACCCAAGAGCCUGGAAGAUCAAGAGGCCCUCCUCACGCCUUUGAAAAAAUCAGAUGACCCCCUGGAGCGCACUGGGCGUCCUUUCGGCGGGCUGAUUCGAGAUGUUCGUCGCCGUUACCCAAAGUACAUCAGUGAUUUCAAGGAUGCCCUAAAUGCUCAGUGCAUGGCGGCCAUUAUCUUCAUCUACUUUGCUGCCCUCUCCCCGGCCAUAACAUUUGGAGGCCUGCUGGGUGAGAAGACGGAGGGUCUGAUUGGUGUUUCUGAGCUGAUUGUGUCGACGGCCGUGCAAGGCGUGAUCUUCUGCCUGCUGGGGGCUCAGCCACUACUUGUUGUGGGGUUUUCUGGACCCCUGCUUGUCUUCGAAGAAGCUUUUUACACUUUCUGCAAAGGGAAUCAAAUUGAGUACCUGACCGGCCGCGUCUGGAUCGGGUUCUGGCUCAUCAUCAUCGUAAUUGUCACCGUGGCCUUUGAAGGCAGCUUUUUGGUGCGCUUCGUCUCCCGCUUCACCCAGGAGAUCUUCUCUUUCCUCAUCUCCCUCAUCUUCAUCUGCGAAACCUUCAUGAAGCUUGGCAAGAUUUUCAAGGAGCACCCACUGAAACGUUGUUCCCUUGACAACAGCACACAAGGGGACGUCUCAGCAGAAAAUGUCACAGUAAUGGUAAACAACACUGUGCCUGUGACGGUGAAGGUCACUGGGGAGCCCAACACCGCACUGCUGUCUCUAGUGCUCAUGGCGGGAACUUUUUUCAUCGCUUUCUAUCUACGCAAGUUCAAGAACAGCGCGUUCUUCCCUGGAAGGUUCCGCAGGAUAAUCGGAGAUUUUGGGGUCCCUAUCGCCAUCCUCAUCAUGGUGCUGGUGGACUACACCAUAGAUGACACAUACACACAAAAACUGAGCGUUCCCAGCGGUUUCUCAGUGACGAGUCCCAGUAAGCGAGGCUGGAUCAUCAGUCCUCUUGGUUCUGAUGGCCUGUUCCCCAUCUGGAUGAUGUUUGCCUGCGUGCUGCCUGCUCUGCUGGUGUUCAUCCUCAUCUUCAUGGAGACACAGAUCACUACUCUGAUUGUGAGUAAGAAGGAGCGAAUGCUGGUGAAAGGCUCUGGCUUCCACCUGGACCUGCUGCUCAUCGUCGUGCUCGGGGGCAGCUCCGCGCUUUUUGGCCUGCCUUGGAUGGCCGCUGCAACCGUGCGCUCCGUAACCCACGUCAACGCCCUCACUGUCAUGAGUAAAGCCGUCGCCCCGGGAGACAAGCCUCGAAUCCAGGAGGUGAAGGAGCAGAGGGUCACGGGGCUGCUGGUGGCCAUCAUGGUUGGCAUGUCCAUUGUGAUCGGAGACUUGCUGCGUCAAAUCCCCCUGGCGGUGCUGUUUGGCAUCUUCCUCUACAUGGGUGUGAUGUCGCUCAAUGGCAUCCAGCUAACGGAGCGCAUGAUGCUGCUGCUCAUGCCGCCGAAAUACCACCCGGAUCACACCUACGUCCGCAAGGUGCGCACGCUGCGGAUGCACCUGUUCACCUGCAUCCAGGUGGUGUGCUUGGCAGUUCUGUGGGCCGUUAUGUCCACUCAAGCAUCGCUGGCCUUCCCCUUCGUCCUCAUCCUCACUGUCCCUGUCAAGAUGCUCCUGCUCCCGCGCAUCUUCACUCUCAGAGAGAUGCUCUGCCUGGAUGCCGACGACGCAGAGCCCAAGUUUGACGAGAGAGAGUGUCCGGACGAGUACUCGGAGAUGCACAUGCCUGUGUAAACCCACAACAAGCCCCCGUGCACCACGUUCUGCUCUUAGUGGACCUCGAAAUCAGUCAGUCACUCUACCAGCCAAGGAGACCAGCGACCCAGAGACAGACCCCCGCAGACUUGAAGCAAUUUGACACGAGUCACUGUGCGCCACCGACCCUUUUCAUCCACCGCGGAGACGUAAACGUACAUUUGCUCAGUCACGAGAGGUCGCUUGUCACCUCGAUCAAGCUCUUUCACUAUUUAAGUUCCACAACAGCAGAUUCACAGCCCAGCAUACUUUAAUAUCACAUCAAUAGGAGCAUCUUUUUUUUUUUAUAUAUAUUUUGCCAUAACACGCACAGGGUUUAUUAUCCUUUUAAGAGCCCUUUGUGGCACAAAGAAUGACCAUCAACUGAGGAGAUCAAACAGCCUUUGGCAUGUGUUCAUAAUGUACUUUUUUUAAAGCAUAUAUAUAUAUUUCAGGGGACGAGAGAUUCUAAAUCAACCGAUGUGAUCUUAUUCUCGAAAUUCAGUGCAGUUACAGUAGCUAGAUUAUUCAGACAAUGAUUUGUUUUUCAGCCCUGAAAGGUUGCUCUGAUUCACAUUGAAUAUGUGGAGGAUAUAUGGGAUACAUUCCUUAUUUUAACAUGCAGUUAUUGCUAUUCACGUUUGUUGCUUUUUCAUGUUUUUGCCCUUUUUAAGCUCACUAAGCGCCUUAUGAAGAAAAUAAAAGGUAUACCGAGAGGUUUUUUUUUUUUCAUUUUUGCCUUAUUUUAGAUAGCGGUUCACUUUAGCAGCCUCUUGAAGCUCCUAGCACUUUUUAAGACACCAAACGUGGAUAGCUCAAUGAAAUAUUGUAUUUUAUAUAAUCAUUUUAUAUUCGCUUCCUCUUCGUGUCCUCGUGGGCUCCGUAUGUACUCGCCCAUAAAAUUCGAUGUCGCUCUAGCUUAUUCUUAAAUAACUCUAUCUCCACUUUAUUUUUAAGCUCAUCCCUCUUGAGCGAUACCUUCUCUGUAUUCAACCUCAGCAGUUUAACGUAGACGCUAGUGAUAUUCAUUGGCUUUAUUUCAAUCAGACAAGACUAUCUGGUGUACUGUAUACUUGCAGUAAAUGAAUCUCACCAGUAGAGGGAGACCUUACAGCUCUGUUGUACCAAAAAAAGUACAUGCAAAUGCAACAAUAAGUACACAUUUCUCACUACAGUAAUAAAAUGGCAUCAUAUCUUUCAACGCCAACUCACCGGCACAUUUUUAUAUGUAGAAAGGUUAACAUAGUGGCAUAGUAAACAUAUACUUUCAUGUUAUUUAAUAUUGCAGGUCAGUUCAUGGUAUAUGUAAUAGCUUUUCUUUUUUUUUUUUUUUUUUUUUUGCUGAAGCUCCUUCCAUACCUGCAGAGUGUAACUUGUAGGGCACUAAUGUAAAGUUUUUGUUUUGUGUUAACUUGAUUUCUCACUUGUUGUUUAAAAAAAAAAAAAAAAAAUCUUGUUGGCUAAUAGGGAGAGCACUAAUUUAUUGGUUUUGUUUGUCCAAGUGCCAAAACGUCUCAUGUAUAGUUUUUGUGGUCAGAACAAUCAACCGCAGUUCAGUCAUCUCACUUCCCUAACCCUCGUUGUUUUGAGUUGCUAAAGGUGCGCAAGGGGUUUCAGCCUCGGUUUCACUUUUUAUAUCACAACAUUCCACAGUUUAUCAGCAAGUUAAUUAUACAUCUUUUUUUGUUUUGUUUUGUUUCUCAUCACCAUGAACUGAUUGUUUGGGGCGGUUGCAUUCAGCGUUUCAUCCGACCAAAUAUCCACACAAUCUGUGCAGACAAUCUCAAUACUCAUGCAAUUCUGCGAGGGAAGACUUUAUUUGUGAAUGGUUUGUGUCUGGUUUGGGAGAUCCGAAUGUAUCAGUGUAACGUAAAAUUGGUUAAAGCUUUGACUGUGUCAAGCAACUUGACUUUCGGUCCGCCGUUCUCACUCGUACUGUAAUCUGUUGGAGACACUACUUCUCACCUCACUCUAAUCUGCUCUGUCACAUCCCACUAUAGUCUCGUCUUUGCUGUGAUCUUACGCCUGAUGGGCCCACGGUCUGAUCAGCUGCAGGACACAGAAAAUAGUUUGCACUUUUGUAAUGCCCGUGAAUCCUUAAUUUCUUCUCCAUUAUAUUUCUCUUGAAAUAUGUGGCAUUAUUGCCAACUCAAGUGUGUCCGGCACUUGUCAUGAAACCUCUUUUGAAACGUACACACGACGAAAAUUAAUUUAUACGGCAGUUCUCAUGGCCAUGGACAGCAAGAGGGGAUACUAAUGAAAAGUUGGCAGUGGAGUGUGAUGCUAGUUUUUAUGUUUGCUUAUUGUGCCUGUGGAUGAAGUGAAGGUAUUCUUGUGUGUGUGAUCUGUUAAACUCAUUAAAUGCUGAUGUUGUUCCAUUUCGAAAGCAAUACACAGUCUGAGUGGUUAUAGCUGAUAUUCCCUUGUACAUAAAUGGUUCAAAUAUUGAUGACAAAAUAAAGGUAAUUUUCUAUUUAU